AUGUCUCUUAUGACUCUUCGUCUGGCUGCAGCUGUGGCAAAACAACUGCCAAAUGCAACUGUACAGAUCAAAUUGCCAGCCGCUGCUAUUGCCUCUCGCAAAUACCAUGUUUCGUGCAGCCGACGAUCAGCUGAAAUUUCUGCCAUCUUGGAGGAAAGAAUUAUGGGAUCAGCCCCAAAGGCUAAUCUCGAAGAAACUGGUCGUGUACUGAGUAUUGGAGAUGGUAUCGCCCGUGUAUAUGGUUUGAAGAACAUCCAGGCCGAUGAGAUGGUGGAGUUCAGCUCGGGUUUGAAGGGUAUGGCCUUGAAUUUGGAACCUGACAACGUCGGUAUUGUCGUCUUCGGUAAUGACAGGAACAUCUCUGAGGGUGACAUUGUAAAACGUACCGGAGCCAUCGUAGAUGUUCCAGUAGGUGACCAACUUUUGGGGCGUGUUGUUGAUGCUUUAGGUAAUCCUAUUGAUGGCAAAGGUCCAUUGAACAACAAAUUGAGGUUCCGUAUUGGUACCAAAGCUCCUGGCAUUAUUCCGAGACUGGAAAAACCGCUCUGGCAAUUGACACUAUCAUCAACCAGAAGCGUUUUAACGACGCUGGUGAAGAGAAGAAGAAGCUGUACUAGAUCCACAGUAGCCCAGAUCGUAAAGAGAUUGACAGACAGCGGUGCCAUUGGCUACACCAUCAUCGUGUCAGCUACCGCCUCCGACGCGGCUCCUCUCCAAUACCUCGCUCCUUACUCCGGAUGCGCCAUGGGAGAGUUCUUCCGUGACAACGGCAAGCACGCCCUCAUCAUCUACGACGAUUUGUCCAAGCAAGCUGUCGCUUACCGUCAAAUGUCUCUGCUGUUGAGAAGACCUCCAGGUCGUGAGGCCUACCCUGGUGACGUAUUCUACCUCCACUCUCGUCUUCUCGAGAGAGCAGCCAAGAUGAACCAGACUCUUGGAGGUGGUUCUCUCACUGCCUUGCCUAUCAUUGAGACCCAGGCCGGUGAUGUGUCUGCCUACAUUCCCACGAACGUAAUCUCCAUCACUGACGGACAGAUUUUCUUGGAGACCGAGUUGUUCUACAAGGGUAUCCGACCAGCCAUCAACGUCGGUCUCUCUGUAUCCCGUGUAGGAUCUGCUGCUCAGACCAAAGCCAUGAAGCAGGUCGCUGGUUCCAUGAAAUUGGAGUUGGCUCAGUACCGUGAGGUCGCUGCCUUCGCCCAGUUCGGUUCCGAUUUGGAUGCUGCCACUCAGCAACUUCUUAACCGUGGUGUCCGACUUACUGAACUCCUUAAGCAAGGACAGUACGUACCCAUGGCUAUUGAAGAACAAGUAGCUGUUAUCUACUGCGGUGUCCGUGGCACUACAACUUGA